GUCCUUCGUCUCGAUAUAAUGUGGGCGUAACGUAUUUAACAAAAUAAAUAAAUUUAUAGUGAUGGGAUUGUUUAAUUACAUAGUUUGUUUUGGUUUUGUGUUAAUAAUAUUUGUUCCUAAUGCAUCAGCGGGGAUUAAGCACAUUGAGGCCAAUCCUGACGCCAAAAGAUUAUACGACGAUCUUCUGAGCAAUUACAACAGACUAAUACGACCAGUGAUCAAUCACACAGAAACUGUGACAGUAUGGCUGGGACUUAAACUGUCGCAACUCAUCGAAAUGAACUUGAAAAAUCAAAUUAUGACCACCAACUUGUGGGUUGUCCAAAAAUGGUUUGAUUACAAGUUGCGUUGGGAUCCUGAAGAAUACGGUGGUGUGGAAAUGUUGUAUGUUCCAUCUGAACACAUUUGGCUUCCAGAUAUUGUACUUUUUAAUAAUUGGGACGGAAACUACGAAGUAACGUUGAUGACAAAAGCCACGCUGAAGUACACUGGAGAAGUAAAUUGGAAACCUCCUUCCAUAUAUAAAUCUUCGUGCGAAAUAAAUGUGCAAUACUUUCCGUUUGAUGAACAAAGCUGUCUAAUGAAAUUUGGCUCUUGGACGUACAAUGGCCUGCAAGUUGACUUGAAACAUAUAGAGCAAGUAGCCGGAAGUAAUAUCGUCAAGGUCGGCAUUGAUUUAUCCGAAUUUUAUUUAUCGGUAGAAUGGGAUAUCCUUGCUGUGCCAGCCACCAGAAACGAGGAAUAUUAUCCUUGUUGCGUUGAACCUUAUUCCGACAUAACCUUCAAAAUAACAAUGCGUCGAAAAACGCUCUUCUACACUGUGAACCUGAUCAUUCCGUGCGUCGGGAUCACCUUUCUUACGGUGCUGGUUUUCUACCUGCCGUCUGAUUCAGGCGAGAAGGUGACACUGUGCGUGUCUAUCCUGCUCUCCCUCACCGUGUUCUUCCUGCUGCUCGCCGAGAUCAUUCCCCCGACCUCGUUGGCUGUGCCUUUGUUAGGCAAAUACUUGCUGUUCACUAUGAUAUUAGUCACUUCCUCCAUAUGGGUCACGGUAUGCGUGUUAAAUAUAUACUUCAGAUCGCCCUCCACGCACAAAAUGUCCCCGCUGUUCCGUAAAAUAUUCCUGAAUUAUAUGCCGAAACUUUUAAUUAUGAGACGAACAACAUACAGCAUGCCUGAAUACGAUGAUGCUCAGCCACCGAGAGGGUACGCUAACGACAUGGAUAUGCAGUUAAACAUGGGGGAGCCGUUUACCAGCGACUUUAAAAUUACGACGCGGGAGCCAAGCUUCGUUCUGCAGAACGCCGAUCAGGACGAUAACAAAAUGAAAGCGCAUUCUUCCAUGACCUGUUCCUCGAAUAUGACUCCCCGUACAUUAUCCGCCAACGUUUUGGCCGCCCUCGAGGGAGUCAGAUUUAUCGCACAGCACAUCCGUGACGCGGAUAAAGACAACGAGGUUGUGGAAGAUUGGAAAUUUGUCUCCAUGGUACUGGACCGUUUCUUCCUCUGGGUGUUUACUUUAGCCUGCAUUGGCGGAACUUGUGGAAUUAUUUUCCAAGCACCUUCCCUCUACGACACCAGGAUUCCAGUCGACCAACAACUAAGCGAGAUUCCCCUAAACAAGAUCUUCCAACUACCACCUCAACAUGUGGAAAUUUUACAUGAAACCUAAGAUUUUAAUUUACACUACACUAUACAUUGAUAUUUCUAAAAAGUUGUUUUUGUUACAUACAGGCCUUCCCAAAAGUCCCGGGACAGAACAGAAAACAUUUUAUUUUCCUAUUUGGUAGACAACCCCUCAUUAUUCUUGAAAGAAUUAAUAUAUCGGAUUUUGGUUUAUAAGAAUGUAUUUAUCUUAAAAUAAGGUGAAACUUGACAUGGGUUACUAUUUAAAAAUAUAGGGUCAUCCCCUAAAAAAACUACACGUUGCAUGGAAGUUCUACUCUCUAAAAAUGACUAAUUACUACAGUUAUGACUAGCCGC